AUAAGAGACAGUGCGGCGUGUCUGACUCCAACACAGCCACAGUCGCAGGAGAAGAAGCAGGGAAAACAUCGACUAACUUCUGAGUUUUAACUAGAAAAGGAUGGAGGACGUUCAGCAGACGAAGCCUGCUCUUCUGAACGGCAGCACGACCAGAAAGAGAGAGGACUACCUGGAGUGGCCCGAGUACUUCAUGGCUGUGGCUUUCCUGUCAGCACAGAGGAGUAAAGACCCCAGUUCUCAGGUGGGCGCCUGUAUCGUGAACCAGGAGAAUAAGAUCGUGGGGAUCGGUUAUAACGGGAUGCCAAACGGCUGUGAUGAUGACCUGCUGCCAUGGUCCCGCUCUGCAGACGACCGGCUGGACACUAAAUAUCCCUACGUGUGCCACGCAGAGCUGAACGCCAUCAUGAACAAGAACAGUGCGGAUGUGAAAGGAUGCAGCAUGUACGUGGCUCUGUUUCCCUGCAACGAGUGUGCCAAGCUCAUCAUCCAGGCAGGUAUAAAGGAAGUGAUUUAUCUCUCUGAUAAGUACCACGACACGCCGGAGAUGGUCGCCUCCAGGAAGCUGCUGAGCAUGGCAGGAAUUCAAUACAGGCAGUUCAAGCCCAAGAGGACUGAGAUUGUCAUUGAUUUUAAUUCCAUUAACCACCUGGAAUGCUGA